CUUUCAAGAAGCAUAAACUUUGUUCCUCCUGAAGUAUCACCUCAAUUCUCCAGAUGUGUUGUAGCUAUGCGGAGACGCGACCAGCACAGCAAGAGGCCUACAAACAGCUGAAGGCUCACCUCGAUAAGGUCACCUAUUUGCAGCGGAAGCUCUUGAGCCAAAAACGGCGGCGCUCCCGCUCGCGCGGCGUCCGGGUCAUGCCAGCGAUCCUGUCCAGUGGCCAUGGACAUGGCACACAGGAAUCGGAGCUGGAAGGGUCAGCGUUAGAGGGUGCUGCGCUCGCCUCGCUGCCAGUGAGUAUGCUGAGCCCGGAGGAGAAGAGGGACGAGAAAUCCGCCCAGGAGGACUCCGAUGUGGAGCAGGAGAUCCGGCCCCUGACGCAGGUGCUGAACAGCGUAAUGAACAGCGUCGAGCCACAGCAGCCCGUCGACCAAGACGACCACCCCGAUGUGGCCGACCUGGCUCUAGAGUCGAGGGACGAAUCGGGCUCGCAGUUGGGCCGUGAGCUGUCGAUCGGCUCCUUUGACGGCUCGGUUGACUUGGAGAACUUACCGGGGGCCAUGCCAUCCCUGGAGGAUGUGCCUCAUUCGCCCCCGGAGCAUGAAGUGAACCUCAUGAGCCUGGACGAGCCGCCCAAGCGGAGUAGUUCUGCGACCGCCCUGGUGACCCGGCUGGUCCGUGAAGAUACGGAUCCGGAACCUGUGAAGCCGAAAAAGAAAAAGGCUGGGACGUUGGGUGGAUUGUUCAAAGGCUUAUGGAGGUCCAGAUCACAGGAGAACGACGGCCCGAGCGCCAGCGGCAGCGUCGUUCCAUGCUAACUGUCAGCCUCGGACUAGCACCAGCUGGGUUGAUUGGUCCACGUUUUUGAAGGGUCAGUAGCGGGUUGUCACCUUUCGGGGCCUAAAUUCUUCAACGAGUGCUGGUUUUUAUUCCUGAGUUCACUUUGAGCAGCACAAACGUCCCAGUUCAACAGCAACUGGACCACCAAUGACCACGCUGCUGAUGUGGUCAUAACAUGUCCACUUGACGGAUGCAAACGGAUUUGCAGUGUCAGAGCCAGCGACACCAAAGUAUUUGGGCAUAUUUGGG